AUGUUUCGAGUCAAAUUGAAUGAUGAGCAAUUGCGCAACGUUGUAGCCGGCCCAGGCGACGUCGAGUGGCGAUACGAAAUGCGGCGGGAAUGUCAAGAAAUCCUCCCUGGGCUUCUUCUUGGGCCGUUUGUCGCCUCCAAGUCGCUCGAAACGCUUCAGUCGCUCGGAAUCACCCACAUAGUAUGUAUACGAGAUGCGAAAGAGGCAUUCUCAGUCCGACCACGCUUUCCGCAGCAGUUCACGUAUAUGACUCUUGACGUGGAGGACAACGAAGAGCAGAAUCUCAUCCGUCUGUUUCCUGCUGCGAAGAAAUUCAUCGACGACGCAAUCAGUCGCAAUGGGCGCGUCCUCGUGCACUGUAACGGCGGCAUAAGUUUGUCUCCAGCAUUUGUGGUCAUGUUCGUCAUGCAAUAUUACAACAUGAGCUGGGAAGACGCUCUGCAUACCGUACAAAACCGACGUUACUGCAUCUCACCGAACGGCGGAUUUCUGACACAGAUCAAGGAAUACGAGGCGAUAUAUAAAGCCAGUUUGGCUUUGGAAGAAUCGCCAUAUCAGAAUUCAAAUAAUGUUUCUAGACGGAAGAGGGACGACGAUGACGACGAUCGAGCGGAGGACCGCAAACGACCGCUAGUUGAUAUGGACGGGGAUGACCCAGAUGCUAUGCAGACAUGA